AUGAUUUGGCAAUCGAUGAUUUGUUCCGGAUGCUGCUGGACCAGCUUUGCCUCACUUGGCCCUUACGACGAGACAAUCUUCGAAUCGAAAGCAUCGAUCGAUGAGGCGCUGUACUUCCUACGACAGCAUGGCGACGUGCUCGGAGAGCAACACAUCGAUCUCAAGCGACUGCGCAGGAAGAUAGACUGGCGAAUACUCCCUAUCAUGUAUUUCUUGAUGGGAUUAUUGCAGUUUCUUGACAAAUACGUCUUCAAAUAUGCAAUAAUUAUGGGUAUGCCGGAGGAUCUCGGUCUUGAGAAAGGCAACAGACUCAACAAUGUUGCCUCCUCUAUCUUCUGGGCCUAUCUGGCUGCAUCUCCGGUUGUUGGCCUCACCCUCAACAAAGUUCCGGUGGCCAAAUUUGUGGGAAUCUGUAUGACCAUCUGGGGUAUUGUCAACGCUUGCAUGGCGGCUGUUCAGGAUUAUCCACAGGUUAUUGUCAUCAGGCUCCUGAUGGGCAUAUCGGAUGCCGCCAUACCUCCGUCUCUCAUGCUCCUCAGCGCCCAAUACUACCGCAAAGAUGAGCAGGCUAUCCGGUACGCCAUAUGGUUCAGCAGCGUUGGUAUGGGUGACAUCCUCGGUGGCUUCAUCGCCUAUGGCUUUUUGCACGUGCAGAACAGCUCAUUCGAGGGCUGGCGAAUAAUGUACCUCGUCUUGGGAAUCAUCAGCGCCAUAUCUGGUGUCGUUUGUCUCGUAUUCAUGCCUGAUACGCCUAUGAAUGCCAGCUUCCUCACUGAGGCUGAGAAGACGGCAGUCUUGCAUCACGUUGCCCACAACAAGACUGGAAUAGCAAGUCGUCAUUGGGAGAUUGAACAGAUCAAGGAGUUCUUGUCAGAUCCUCAAAUUUGGCUAUUGGCUCUCAACGUCAGUAUCGUCUCUUGUGGCACAGGUAUCACGACUACGUACGGAGCCAAACUCAUCAAGAGCUUUGGUUUCACAUCAAAGGAGGCAGCUCUACUCGGCACACCAUCAGGAGCUGUGGGCAUUGCAUCAAUCCUUUUGGGUGCAUACUGUGUCCGCAAACACUGGCUACAACGCUGGGCGGUUUCCACCAUAGGCUAUACGCUCGCCUUUGUGGGUGCUGCCAUGCUCGCUUGGGCUCCAAACCAUAAUCAAGGAGCCAAACUGUCAGGGAUAUACAUGAUCAGCUUCUCACUCGCCACAGUGGCAAUCAAGUAUCAAUGGGUCGCCGCCAACGUCGCCGGACACACCAAACGAGGCCUCUCAGCUGCAAUGCUCAGCGGAGCAUUCUCACUCGGUCAGAUCGUUGCGCCGUACGCCGUGCAGCAAAAAGACGCACCAGAUUAUCACACUGGCAAAUCAGUCUUGGUGGCGACCAAAAUCAGUGCGAUAGUCAUCAUCAUCCUUUUGGCUUCGUAUUAUUUCUGGGAGAACAAACGCAGGGAUAGACUGUACGGACCUGCCGACGAUACGUGGGCAAACUUGACGGACAGGCAAAGGAAGAGCUUCAGGUAUGUGUAUUGA